AUGGCCCGUGGAAAGGUUCAGAUGAAGCGGAUCGAGAACCCGGUGCACAGACAGGUUAGCUUCUGCAAACGCCGAGCUGGGCUUCUUAAGAAGGCUAAGGAACUUUCUGUGCUGUGUGAUGCAGAAAUCGGUCUUAUCAUUUUCUCCUCCCAUGGAAAACACUAUGAACUAGCCACCAAAGGAACCAUGCAAGGGCUUAUUGAGAAGUACGUGAAGUCCACCGGAGGAACUGAUCAGGCUGACCAAGCCAAAGGAAAGCAAAUUCUGGACUCCAAAAAGGAGAUCAACUUGCUGAAACAUGAAAUUGAACUGCUGCAAAAAGGCCUCAGGUACAUGUCUACAGGCGAAGCCGGAAGUGGAACCAUGACAUUGGAUGAACUACAUGUUCUUGAAAAGAAUCUCGAAAUUUGGAUUUAUCACAUACGCUCAGCAAAGAUGGAAAUUAUGUUUAAAGAGAUUCAACUGUUGAGAAAUAAGGAAGGAAUACUGAAAGAGGCAAAUGGGUUUCUUCAGCAAAAGAUUGACGAGCACUAUGGGAAUACUAACAUUAUACAGAUGGUAACUAAUAUUCCACAUCCACUAACAAUACAAAGUGAGAUAUAUCAAUUCUGA